AUGGCAGAUCUUUUAGCUGUGCCUAAGCAUCCAUAUGCUGCUAUGGAGAACUGGGGACUAAGUAUUUUUGUGGAGCAAAGAAUACUGCUGGAUCCCAGUGUUUCAUCUAUUUCUUAUUUGCUGGAUGUCACCAUGGUCAUUGUUCAUGAGAUAUGUCACCAGUGGUUUGGUGACCUUGUGACUCCUGUGUGGUGGGAAGAUGUGUGGCUGAAGGAAGGGUUUGCUCACUACUUUGAAUUUGUUGGUACAGACUACCUCUACCCUGGCUGGAACAUGGAAAAACAGAGGUUUCUGACAGAUGUUCUGCAUGAAGUGAUGCUACUUGACGGUCUGGCCAGUUCCCAUCCGGUAUCACAGGAAGUGCUACAGGCAACAGAUAUUGACAGGGUGUUUGACUGGAUUGCAUAUAAAAAGGGUGCUGCUUUAAUUAGAAUGCUGGCUAAUUUUAUGGGACAUUCAGUUUUUCAGAGGGGUCUGCAAGAUUAUUUAACCAUUCAUAAGUAUGGCAAUGCAGCCAGAAAUGAUCUCUGGAAUACAUUAUCGGAGGCUUUAAAAAGGAAUGGAAAAUAUGUAAAUAUACAAGAAGUAAUGGAUCAGUGGACACUCCAGAUGGGUUAUCCUGUUAUCACCAUCUUGGGAAAUACAACAGCAGAAAAUAGAAUAAUAAUUAACCAACAACAUUUUAUUUAUGACAUCAGUGCUAAAACUAAAGCAGUUGAACUUCAAAAUAGCAGUUACCUGUGGCAGAUUCCAUUAACUAUUAUGGUAGGAAAUAGAAGUCAUGUGUCUUCAGAAGCAAUUAUUUGGGUGUCUAACAAAUCAGAGCACCAUAGAAUAACUUAUUUGGACAAAGGAAGCUGGCUGCUGGGAAACAUCAAUCAAACUGGUUAUUUUAGAGUCAACUAUGACCUAAGGAACUGGAGAUUAUUAAUUGACCAGUUAAUAAGGAACCAUGAGGUUCUUUCUGUCAGUAACCGAGCAGGUUUGAUCGACGAUGCCUUCAGCCUAGCCAGGGCUGGCUAUUUGCCUCAGAAUAUCCCCCUGGAGAUUAUCAGAUACCUGUCUGAGGAAAAGGAUUUUCUUCCUUGGCAUGCUGCCAGCCGAGCUCUUUAUCCUCUAGAUAAAUUACUGGACCGCAUGGAAAACUACAAUGUCUUCAAUGAAUAUAUUUUAAAACAAGUUGCAACCACAUACAUCAAGCUUGGUUGGCCAAAAAAUAAUUUUAAUGGAUCUCUUGUUCAAGCAUCCUACCAACAUGAAGAACUUCGUAGAGAAGUUAUAAUGCUGGCAUGCAGUUUUGGCAACAAGCACUGUCACCAACAAGCAUCAACACUUAUUUCAGAUUGGAUUUCCAGCAACAGGAACAGAAUACCACUAAAUGUUAGAGACAUCGUGUACUGUACAGGAGUGUCACUACUGGAUGAGGAUGUCUGGGAAUUCAUAUGGAUGAAAUUCCACUCCACCACAGCAGUUUCUGAGAAGAAAAUAUUAUUAGAAGCCUUAACUUGCAGUGAUGACAGAAAUUUAUUAAACAGGCUUCUAAAUCUGUCACUGAAUUCUGAGGUGGUGCUGGAUCAAGAUGCGAUUGAUGUCAUAAUCCAUGUAGCUCGAAAUCCACAUGGCCGAGACCUUGCCUGGAAGUUUUUCAGAGAUAAAUGGAAAAUAUUAAAUACCAGGUAUGGUGAAGCAUUAUUUAUGAAUUCCAAACUUAUCAGUGGAGUUACAGAAUUUCUAAAUACUGAAGGUGAACUCAAAGAGCUAAAGAACUUCAUGAAGAGCUAUGAUGGAGUAGCUGCUGCUUCUUUCUCACGAGCUGUGGAAACUGUUGAAGCCAAUGUGCGCUGGAAAAUGCUUUACCAAGAUGAACUUUUCCAGUGGUUAGGAAAAGCUCUGAAACACUAAACGUGUCUCUUAUAAACAAUUCAACUUAGACUUUUGUGAGAAACCCUUAUAUGAAUUGAGGAAAAUAAGUUACAAGGAAAAUGGCCAGAUUUUUAGUAUUAACAUGUGGGGGGAAUUUUUUAAAACUUUUGUUUUUGUUUUUGUUUGGGGGAAUAUAUUUUGUUUGUUUCAUUCAUUCUGUUUUGUUUCUUUACUGGGUGUUCUCCUCUAAAAAUUUCUGGCAAGUGAAACUAGCCAUGAUUGAUUUGGCUGUACAUUCCUUGCUGUACAGGACCAAAUAUGAUCGUGAUGCAUGUUGAUGUUGCAGUCAGUUUGGAAAAAACAUAUUCAGAAUAUUCUGUGCAUGGAUGUAUGAUCCUGUGUUCCAGCAUGCUUUUUUAAAAUGUCCAAUGUUGUAUUUGAGUAUAUGUUACAUUCAGGAUGGGCAUUAUGCAAAAGCACAAAGAUUAUAUAUGACAAUCAGUGCUGAAAUGAAAGAAAAACUCAAAAAGGGAAUUAUAUUCUCAGUCUUGGGCGAUGCGAGAGGUAAAAUAGCCCUUUAAGUGAUCAGCAUCACUUAUUUCAGCACUUGGAUUGUCUGGCAAUGAUUGCUGUGUUGCUAACUCAUUUGCUUUGAGUUAAAGCUGUGUAUACAUUUAAAAGGCAUAUAGAUAGUGUAUGCAUACGUAUAUGUACAUAGGGCAGCCCUAUAUGUAUAUAAUAUGUUGUACACUGCACAUGUGUGAAGAAUCUCUUCAGAUCAAAGACAAUGUAUCUCUUUUUAUAAACUUAUGGACAGUUGGAAAAGGCUAAAAUAACUUAUCCUUUCUAUUUCUCAAUUGUUGAGGGUUUUUCAUCUACUUAUUGGGUAGUUUGUUCUACUACAUGAAUAUGAAUUUAAACAAAAUUAGGGUAUAAACUCGCCACUCUUCUAAUUCUUCUGUCAACCUCGUAUAUGGAUUCUGUCAUCAUUUUUAGUCAAACUUCCAUUUGCAUGAAACAAUUAUGUAAACUUAUAAUUAUUAGUGCUGAAAAAGUGUUUAUUUUUGAUCUUGUUUUCCCACCUUAUGUCGGGUAGUGGAGCAAGUUAAAAAUUAUCUGUGUUGGUGUUCCUGUCUGUGUUGCUUUUAUCUUCCAUUAAGCAACCAUACCUCAAAGUGGGUCUAUUAGCAUUUAAUGACCUUUUAUGCCAGUUGUGCCAUCCCUUAAGAUGAAAAGUUACUUUUCUUGUGUUAAUGUACAAAGCUUGUCUUUUGACACUGACAACUCUGUUCUACCUGGGAAUCACAGGUAGCCAUUUUCAUGGUUUUGUGUUAUGUAACACAAAUGUUUUUAAAAGGUAUUCUCACCCAGUAGGCCAGCUCUCCAAACAUUGUUCAGAUGCUUUUUAAAAAAUGUUUAUGUUUAUCGUUAUAAAAUACCAGUACAACUACUACACAUAAGCCAAAUGUUUGUGAGUUGCUUUCUAUUUUCCCAAAGUUUUUCACUCUUCUAGUCUUGCGAAUUAUUGAACAAAUAUAUUCUAACACUAAAAAAUGAUUCAUUUUAGAAACCAGAGCCAUGGAAUUAUUUUAAAUUAGUAGAAAAGAGGAGCAGUUUCCUAAUCUAGAGAGUAUUACCUAAAAUUUAAUUUUAUCAUUGAAGCAAUUAAUACCUAUUAUUCACACCUAAAUUUUUCAGCACUUCAUUUAAUUAAAGAACAUGAAUUUUCAAUAUUCUAUGUGGUGAUAAUAAGGCAUGACAAUACUUUGUAUAAAACCUAGAGGUUAUCCCACUUAUCAGAAAUGAUAAAAUCCAAUUACCACAUGUCACAUUUAUAAAAUUUUUAAUGGGUAAGUCCUGAAACAUAACAAUAAUAAAUAUCACACUGCUGUGCAGGUCCCAAAUAUGUACUAUAUCACCAUUGAAUUCAUGUGAUGGAGAAGAUAAAAAGUAGAGGUGGAUGUCUUGUUUUGUGUUAUGAAUUACUGAAAAUUCUUAGUAGUAGUGGUAUUUUUUUCUAGUGAAAUUACCAUUCUAGAUUUGAGUUAGAAGGGCUUUUACAGUUCUUUUUUCCUCCCCACUGUUAAUAAUUUUAAUCCUCUUUCAGUAUUUUAGUGGCCUUGAGCAACUGGUUUAGCUAUAAUAUCAAAUCCUAAGUGUAUAAUUAUGUGCGAUGUUCAAUACCUCAUAUAAUACUUGUUCAACAGUAUAGUAGUAUCAAUGGCAUUGAGAUGGCAUUUUUGUUCUGUAUGUUUUUCAAUGAUUUAUCAUUUCCAAUGGUGAAAUUAUAUCAGGCUUUAAUGUUUUUUUAGUUGUUUAAAUAAGUAAUAUUUUCAGAAUAAUAAACAAUGAUAUCUCUUGGAAUAUUCUGUAAAAUGUAGUUAUAAGAUUCUAUUUUCUACUUAGAGUUUUUAUCUUUUCUCUCUUCUUUGUCUGUUUUAUAAAUCAUAUAUAUGCAUGAAAUAGCAAAUUGUUGAACGUGUCCAACAUCAAGUCUUAAAAAUUUACUGUGCCAAUAUAUGUACAAAAAACUUGCUUUAAAUUAGAAUGGACUAAAUAUUCAUCACACUGGGUAUUAAAUAUCUCCAGAUAACUUGUAAAUAAAGAGAUGUUCCCAUUUUUACA